AUAUUUUCCUUUGGAAAUCCCAAUUUGUACCUUAUCCGCAUCUUUUCCUUAGUUUGAAGCAUUUUUUAAAUUGUAGAGUGAAAACAGCUAAAGAGGCAUGGUGACUAGUGCUAAAGCAUCCAUUUGCUGAUGGGCUUUUCCUGGCAGGGGCUACUUCCUAAAUAAACUUCUGGGAUGUUGAUUUAUGAAACUGAAUCUGUGUUUAUAAACUCGAGGGAGCACUUAAAAUCAAUGCACAAGGGUUCUUUGACCCCAGCCGGCAACUAAGUACUAGGCAGGCACUUGCUAAUUCCUUCUAUCCCCUGGCAGGAUGGGAAGGAGAAUCAGAAAAGGUAAAGCCUAUGGGUUGAGAUAAGAACAGUUUAAGAAUUGAAAUAAUAAUAAUAGUAAUUAUGGUGAAGAAGAGAAGGGGGACAACAGAAGGAGGAGACUAAAACCCAAGAAUGACAAGUGAUGCACAAUACAAUUGCUCACCACCCACUGACCAAUACCCAGCCAGACUGAGAAGCAGUCCUCCCCAUCCAGCCCACUCCCCCCAAUUUCUAUACUGGGCAUGACAUGCUGUGGUAUGGAAUAUCCCUUUGGCUAGUUUGGGUCAGCUGUCCUAUCUCUGCUUCCUCCCAGCUUCUUGUGCCCUUUGUCACUUGCAGAGCAUGAGAGACUGAGAAGUCUUUGAUCAGGGUAAGCAUUACUUAGCAACAACUAAACCAUCAGUGUGUUAUCAGCACUGUUCUCAAACUAAACCCAAAACACAGCCCUGUGCAUCAGCUACAGGGAAGAAAACUCCAUCCCAGCAGAAUCCAGGACAACAGAAAAUCCUGCUCAAAGGAAAGAAUACAAGGGAUGAGCUUCUGGGGAAGCUUUCUGAUUUGGAAGAUAGUCUUCAAAACACUAUUCCCUUCUGUCUCCUGUUUCUGUGUAGGCAAGUGGGAGCUUGCAGAGAUGAAAGAGAACCAUUCUAAUGGUUCUGGUGAUAACUUCAAAAGUGGAUAUGUUUUACCUCUGACUCAAGCUGUGUUGAUUGGUUAGGUGUCAUGACACUGAAGAUGGAUAUCCAAGUUCAUUUUAACCACCCAUGAGUUCUUGUUUGGUGCCCUUGCUGAACUUGUAGAUAAUGCCAGAGAUGCAGAUGCCACAAGAAUAGACAUUUAUCCUGAGCAACGGGAUGACCUACGAGGUGGAUUCAUGCUCUGUUUUUUGGAUGAUGGAACAGGAAUGGAUUCAAUGGGUUUGAGUCUGUGGUAUCAGCAGUACAUACAGCACAGCAGAGCUGCAGUGGCCCAGGCUAUGUUUUGGUUUAUGAGCAUGUUGAUGAUUGUGGUUGACACAACAGAUCAUCUUGUGGAUUUUUUUGAUGAAGCUGCCAGUGUUAUUCAGUUUGGGAAAUCAGCCAAGCGAUCACCCGAGUCAACUCAAAUUGGGCAGUAUGGGAACGGCUUGAAAUCGGGUUCCAUGCGGAUUGGGAAGGAUUUUAUCCUGUUCACAAGGAAAGACAACACCAUGACUUGCCUUCUCUUGUCACGAACAUUCCAUGAGGAAGAAGGCAUCGAUGAGGUCAUUGUUCCCCUGCCCACCUGGAAUGCACGAAGCCGGGAGCCUGUGACUGACAACAUGGAGAAGUUUGCUAUUGAGACAGAGCUAAUUUACAAGUAUUCCCCUUUCAAGUCAGAACAGGAAGUGAUGGAGCAGUUUAAUAAGAUAUGUGGUGAGAAAGGGACCCUGGUGAUAAUCUUUAACCUCAAACUAAUGGAUAAUGGAGAGCCAGAGCUGGAUGUGACUUCUGACCCCCGAGACAUUCAGAUGGCAGAAACAUCUCCAGAGGGAACAAAGCCCGAGCGCCGCUCCUUUCGUGCCUAUGCUGCUGUGCUUUAUAUUGAUCCCAGAAUGAGAAUCUUCAUAAAUGGACACAAAGUACAAACAAAACGACUUUCAUGCUGCCUGUAUAAGCCCAGGAUGUACAAAUAUACUUCAAACCGUUUCAAGACUCGUGCAGAGCAAGAGGUGAAGAAAGCAGAGCACAUGGCGAAGAUAGCGGAGGAGAAGGCUCGUGAGGCAGAAAGUAAAGCCCGUGCUCUUGAGCUGCGCCUAGGUGGGGACCUCACGCGGGAGUCCAGGGUGAUGCUACGCCAAGUUCAAAACUCAGCAAUAACCAUGCGCCGGGAGGCUGAUGUCAAGAAGAGGAUCAAGGAUGCAAAGCAGCGGGCACUGAAGGAACCCAAAGAGCUGAAUUUUGUCUUUGGUGUGAAUAUCGAGCAGCGUGAGUUGGAUGGCAUGUUCAUUUAUAACUGCAGUCGCCUGAUAAAGAUGUAUGAGAAGGUGGGCCCGCAGCUGGAUGGUGGCAUGGCUUGUGGUGGAGUGGUGGGUGUGGUGGAUGUGCCCUAUUUGGUUCUGGAGCCAACCCAUAAUAAACAAGACUUUGCUGAUGCCAAAGAGUAUCGACACUUGCUGAAGGCCAUGGGGGAUCAUUUGGCUCAGUACUGGAAGGAUGUUGCUAUAGCCCAGAGAGGUAUCAUCAAGUUCUGGGAUGAAUUUGGUUAUUUGUCAGCAAACUGGAACCAGCCUCCAUCUAGUGAACUGCGCUACAAACGCCGGAGAGCCAUGGAGAUCCCUACCACAAUUCAGUGUGAUGUGUGUCUGAAAUGGCGAACACUCCCCUUCCAGCUGAGUUCAGUGGAGAAGAAUUACCCUGAUAGCUGGGUCUGCUCCAUGAACCCUGAUCCUGAACAAGACAGAUGUGAAGCUGCAGAGCAGAAGCAGAAGGUACCAUUGGGAACUCUGAAGAAAGACCUGAAAUCACCAGAAGAGAAGCAGAAACAACUGGCUGAGAAAAUCCGACAGGAGCAGGAAAAGCUGGAAGCUCUGCAGAAAACCACUCCAAUUCGAUCUCAAGCUGACUUAAAGAAACUGCCUCUAGAUGUGACCACACGGCCUGCAGGGGAGAACACCCAGUCACCAACCCGACCUCAGCGCCCGCGAUCUCCUCCUUUACCUGAUGUAAUCAAGAAUGCUCCCAGCAGACCACCAUCUGUACCUCUGGCCAAGUCCACCAUGCAGCUGAAAAAGAGCUCUUCAGCUUGGCCAAAUAUCAGCACUCCCAAACUGGCAAGCAUGCUCUCCAAGGAGGAGGCCAGCACUUCCAAGACACACCAGCAUACUCUGACAGCUGGGAAGUCUAACAGCAAUUUAAAAACUCAUGCCAAGCCAGGUACAACAACGAAGCCACCUUCUGCUGCCCUGCAGAAUCCCAGAAGCUCACGUGAGACACCCAGUCCCAAAGCUGCCAAGGUGCCAGCAGUAAAGAAGUCUGCCACUGUCAAAUGCCCACAGGCCUCCACCACUCGGAAGAGAAUCUUGAACGUCUCAGAGGAUGAGUCUGAGGAGGAGGAGGAGCACAAGAAAGAGAAGACAAAACGGGGCAAAUUUGUGGCUGUGAAAGAAGAGAAGGAUUCCAGUGAGGUGGUGGUAGAGCUUACAGACAGUGCUGGAGAAGAAGAGCUGGCAGAACUGAAGAAAUCUCAGAAAGAUAAAGGGCUGCAUGUGGAAGUGCGUGUGAACAAGGAGUGGUUCACAGGCCGUGUCACAGCUGUGGAGAUGGGCAAGCAUGCAGUACGCUGGAAGGUGAAGUUUGAUUAUGUUCCUACAGACACCACACCAAGGGAUCGCUGGGUAGAGAAGGGCAGUGAGGAUGUGAGGUUGAUGAAGCCUCCCUCUCCCGAGUACCAGGCUCCAGAUACACAGCAGGAAGAGGAGGUCAUUGUGGCAGAACCUUCUACCUCAGACUGUGUCAGAAUUGAGCCAGACACCACCGGUCCCACUAGUAGCCACGAAACAGUUGACUUACUAGUCCAGAUCCUUCGAAACUGUUUGCGGUACUUCUUACCUCCCAAUUUUCCUAUCUCCAAGAAGGAGCUGAGUUCCAUGAGCUCAGAAGGGUUGUUGGCGUUUCCCUUGAAAGAAUAUUUCAGGCAGUAUGAGGUUGGUCUGCAGAACCUGUGCAAUUCCUAUCAGACACGUGCUGAUGCCCGGGCCAAAGCCUGUGAAGAAAACCUCCGCAACUCAGAGAGAAAGCUGAAGGAAACAGAGGAGAAACUGCAGAAGCUGAGGACUAACAUUGUGGCCCUUCUGCAGAAAGUGCAGGAGGACAUUGAUAUUAAUACAGAUGAUGAACUGGAUGCAUAUAUCGAGGACUUGAUUACAAAAGGAGAUUGAGAAGCCCAGUACAAGUCCUAGAGAAGCGCAGAGGAGCUGGUUGCUGCGAUGGGAUUCCUGCAGUGGAGGACUGUAGUAGCUGAUGAGGAGAGAGGGUUUUUAGACAGUACCUGUGUUGGUGUACAACUUGUGACUUGACACGAAGAAGACAUUUGUGCUGUUGGCAGGCAGAAUUUUAACACUGUAGUUCUCUGGAUCUCUUCCUUUUGCUUAUAAAUAUUUAUUUUUAAAAGAAAUAGGAACUGUGCCUGAUACGAUGGGAGGGUUGCUGUGUGGUUUUUAGCGAGGUAAAAGCAUGAGUACCCUUUUGCAUCUGGGGUAUAUUCAUAUGCUAUACCUGGAAGACCUGAGCAUACUGCCUAGCAAGGCAGUUUAGAAUCUGGCAGCAACUUAAAAAUAAGCCCUGGGUUAUGGAAAAGGAGGCCAGGACUUGGACUUCAGAGAUGCUGAACUUGGACUAGAGGAAGUCAAAUCAGUAAUUUGAGCUACAUGGAGGAGGUCAAAGUACAGUCCCUGUGUGAACAUGAGUGGAGGGAAUAAAAUCCCAGUGGUUCUGAAGGGGUUAGGGGUAGGGGAUUAGCACUUGCCAGUGCCAUGAAAUUCCCAAAUAUGAGUUCUCCAUAAGCAAGUGGCAUUGUCACCAUGGUAAUAGCCAGAGGAUGAGGAGCCUUUUAGAAGAGGAUGGUCUCCUAAGCUGCUCACAGUGGGUUGUGAUCAUCAAAAGGAGAAGGCUGGAGUUCACAUUCUUCUCUAGCAGUCAGCUUAUUGCACACUUACUGCUGCUGUUACUCUGAGAUGUAAUUGCAGCGGCAGAAGAGCUCCUCAACCAGCUGAAAAUAGAGUGACCGUCUGUUCUGUUGUCACUCCCUCAGGUGUGUGUUGCUUUGAUCAACUUGCUCUUCCAGGUAAUUUUAUUGAGAGUGUUGGAAUGUUGUGCUUAUGGAGGCCUUCACCACUAAGUCCCAUGUGGCUCUGGGUCAGCAGCCAGGGCAAUGCCUUUCCCUUGUUCUCCCAGCUGAAGGCUACACUACAGCUGCAAGCAGAUCAUGUGUGGUGACCGUGGUGACUCAGUUUGAGUUCACUGCCUGGCCAUCUGCUCAGCUUGGCCAGGGCAGGAAGUCCAUUACGUUGGUGCUCAGAAAACUGAAAUCCCUAGAACUUGGCAAUUUGAAGAAAGAGUAUGACCAAGAGGUGCCCACCUUCAAGAACAUCAAAUGAAAUGGACCGUUGGGGUUCUUUCGAUGGCUGAAUGUGUAAUAGAUGUUUUGCAAUAAAAAAGUCUGAACUGAA